GAAAUACUGUAGGUAAAUCAAUCACUUCGAAAUACUUCCCUAGUAAUCAAAGGCCAACAAUGCAGAUCAAAGUUUAUGAGAUUCAGGUUAUCAAUGAAGUUUCUUUGGCGAUUGGAAAUUCUCUCAAGCUUUUAACAUCGAAAUCUGGUUCACUGAGAGGAUUAUUGAUACAAUGCGCUUCAACAUCAGAUAUAAAUAACAUUAUUAUCAGCUAA